AACCGCACCUGUUUGAAAGUUGAGGUAGGUCUGCAAUGAAAAAGUUUAAGGGUUUGGAUGUCUUCGAUGUUGACGUAAAAAGAAUUUAUUUAUUUUUUUUGUGGUUCACACUUUCGAGUUUAAUACAGUAUGUUUCAUCUGAAGAAUGUACAUAUGUAAAUUCAUGUCAAUGUGUUUAUAAAAAUGGAAGCAUUGUUGAUCUUACUAGUUUAGGCGACCGUCAUAAAGCUAGGUUUGAAAAUAUUACAGUAGGAAACUACAGUUAUUAUUACAAUCCUUGCUACAGUUUCAAACUUGGGACAGGUAACUCUGCUUGUGCUAAAGGAGUUGCUGUUUGCCAGGUUAGUAAAAUAGGUCAUUAUUUUGAUUGUGGUGAUCAAAACUAUGUUAGUUUUCUAUGGAAUAAAACAACAAAGCUGCCUUAUGUACAAUACGUUGCUGCUCCUAGGAAAACGAAGGUCACACUUGUCUGUUCAGAAACAGCAUAUGAACCAUCAUUGAAUGUGACUGGUGAAACAGAAAGAGAUGUUUAUGAAAUGGCUCUUACAUCAAGAUGUGCCUGUCCUGACUUGUGUCGUCAAAAUCAUCUUUCAACAGGAUCAGUUUUAGUUAUAAUAUUUUUAAUAUUUGUAUCUUUAUAUCUUGUACUUGGAAUUAUACACUCAAGUUUGACACGAGGAGCUCAUGGUUGGGAACUGAUACCUCAUUAUGAAUUUUGGGCAGACUUUCCACUACUUGUUCGGGAUGGAUGUGUUUUUGUUGUCAGUGGUUGUAAAGCAGAAACAGCAUAUGAAAGAAUCUGAAGAAAAUAAUCCAUCUGACCUAAUUUGAUGGCCUUGUUAUGAGAAAAAAAUUACUUGUACAAAUGGAAGAAAAGUAUAUGUAUGAAAUGUGUUAAAAAUGAAGCCUUUAGUAUCUUAACUUUCAAAAUGAAAUUUGUAAUAGAAUUAUCCAUUAUAUGAUGUAGCUAUCUUAAAAUAACAAUAAUAUAUCUGAAAAUUGAAAUAUUCUUGUUUCAUAACAUUACCAUAUAAAUACUGUUACUAUUAAAUGGUCUCCUAAAAUAAAGUAUAAUAAGUCUGUCUCAGUACUGUUAUGUCAAAAAAUGUAGUUUCUACAUAAUAUUAAAGAAUAUCAAAUUAAAUAUGAAAAAUAUAAUGGAGCUAUAAAAUAAUUAAAAUGUGAUCAUGUAUAUUAGUUUGAAGAGGUCAUAUAAUUUUGGGAACUUAAUUUUCACUUAGCAAAAUUUAAACCUAAUUUACCUUCAUUUUUAAUAAUAAAUCAUAUGGAGCCUUAACAUUUAAAUAUAUCUUGUAGAGCCUGGCAUAGAAAUUUUUCUGUAGUCAUUUGUUUUUAACCCCAAAAAAUAAUCUGUUCUUUCCCAAAUAAAUUGAAUAUUUGGUUUUCUGUUUGUACCUUAUUUAUUUUCAAUAAUAAUUUGAACAAUUUAUUUUCUUUCUUUCGAUUUGGAUUUUCGAUUUGAAAUAUGCAUUAGAUUCCAAUCAGAUUUAAACCUUGAUAGUUAUUAAAAAAAUUAUAAGUACUUUUUCUCAAUGAAAAUAAUUAAAAAUGCUUACUUUUUUAUUUUUUGUAAUGAAAAAUGUCAGUUUGAUUGAUGUAUUUGUA